AUGCGUCGAGCCAAAAUCUUCGCAGGCACUUCUCACCAAGAACUAGCACAUAGUAUCUGUGAAUGCGUCGGCAUUCCGCCUGCUCCAGCUACUCUGAAGACGUUCAGUAAUAAAGAAACUUCAGUGGAAAUCGGAUGCUCUGUUCGUAACGAAGAUGUAUUCAUUAUCCAAUCCGGUUCAACAAAUGUCAACGAUCAUCUAAUGGAGCUACUCAUUAUGAUUGCAGCAUGCAAAGGCGCAUCGGCAAAGCGUAUCACGGCUAUAAUGCCGUAUUAUCCUUAUUCGAAACAAAGCAAGAAGAAGAAGGCGCGAGGGGCUAUAGCAGCUAAAAUGGUAGCCAACCUCCUCUCAGUCGCGGGUGUAGAUCAUGUGAUUACGAUGGACCUUCACGCAUCUCAAAUGCAAGGCUUUUUUAACAAGCCAGUAGAUAAUUUAUCUGCCGAGCCGCGUAUCAUUCAGUGGAUAGAAGAUUGCGUUCCUGACUAUACUAACGGAGUAGUGGUCAGCAAAAAUGCUGGAGGAGCGAGAAGAGUGACGUCAUUAGCUGAUAGACUUAAGAUUGACUUUGCUCUUAUCCAUACAGAUUAUAAUCGUGGGUCGCAUCGUAGUUCAUAUGAUUUGCCUGAUUCAUGUACAACAACGGAUGAAACUGAGAGACAUCAAUUGAUGAUUAGCCAAACGCUUCGUUCUACAUGUAAUGAUAAUGCGUCAACGUCGGCUGUAAACAAUGAUGAUAAUAAUCAUCAUAACGAUACGGGGGGGGACGAUUCGGCGUCAAUUAGUGCACCCGCAUUAGUAACAGGAGAAAUUUUAACAGAAGCAGACAUGGAAACAGAUAGGACAACUAGUUUAGUGGGAAAUGUUACUGGGAAAGUUGCGUUUAUUGUUGAUGAUCAAAUUGACAAAGCAGGUUCUUUUAUUGCAGCUGCCGAACAUUUAAAGAAAUGUGACGCCAAAUGUAUAUACGUAAUUGCUACUCACGGUAUAUUGAGUGGAGAUAGUAUCAAAAAUAUAGAGAACUGUUCAGCCAUAAACAAGAGGCUAUCAGAAGAACUCAUUAUGGAGAAAGCAUUAGCUUUUUAUUCUAGUGAAAUAAUUUUGAGUUGUCCGCAGUUGAUAAAAGUAUAUGUAGAUGCGACUAGUGUAAUCAGCGCUGCUGACAUACCAGUUGGAAAGAGUUGA